GAAAACACCCAUAACGUGUUUUGAGGCCACAUCCUGUUUAUUCUUUACUGUACUUCAGUGAAACAGCUCUGCUGUGGUUUGGAUUAAGUUUGUAAAGGAGGAUCAAACUGAAAUGACACCGCCUUCGAUCUAAACACGACCUAACUGCUGUAAAUUUAAGGAACUCUCCUCGCGGCCUCGGUUCCUGUCAGCACCACCAUGUCGUGCCGGGAUAUUCACGCCACCAACGCUUUUGCCUUCAUCAUUGCCUUUGUGUCUGUGGGCGGGAUUGCUGUGGCAGCGUUAAUCCCACAGUGGCGUAUAACAAGACUCAUCACCUUCAAUCGCAAUGCCAAGAAUAUCAGCGUGUAUGACGGGCUGUGGGCUAAAUGUGUGAAACAGGACGGCUAUUCAGGAUGUUACUACUAUGAUUCAGAGUGGUACUCUAAAGUGGACCAGCUGGAUCUGCGGCUCCUGCAGUUCUGUCUGCCUACAGGCCUGCUGUUCGGCUCUCUCGCCUUGCUGCUGUGCAUGGCAGGAAUGUGUAAGACCUGCUGCUGCUCAGACAAGCCCGAACCGGACAUUAAGACCGUCAGAUUCCUGGUGAACAACGCAGGCUGUCACCUGGUGGCUGGGAUGUUUUUUUUUCUGGGCGGAGCUAUUGCCAUUGCGCCCUCAGUGUGGUUCCUGUUCCGCACCAAGGAAAUGAACAUCAGAUACGACAACAUUUUCUCCGAUGGCUUUGCUGUUUAUGUUUCUAUAGGCUGCUCUGGAGGACUAAUGCUGGCCGCCCUGCUGAUGUUCAUGUGGUACUGUAUGUGUAAAAAGUUGCCUUCACCCUUCUGGUUGCCGCUGCCCUCCAUGCCGACCUCUCUGUCCGCCCAGCCUCUCACUGCCAACGGAUAUCCUCCUUCCCCAGUUUACGGUCCUCAGCCGUUCCCGCCACAGACCGUUCCUCCCACCGUGAUCGACGCCCAGCAGUAUGUCACCUCCCAGGGCUACGCACAAAGCAUAGUCGCCCCUGCACCACCUCAGGUGUACAUGUCACAGAUUUCCGCUCCUGAUGGUUACGGCUCAGAGGUGGGAGGGACUCAGGCCUACAGCUACGCCCCCUCACAGAGUUACGCACCAUCACAGAGCUACGCUCCAUCUCAGAGCUACGCUCCAUCUCAGGGCUACGCAUCCAGCUACGCAGGCCACCGCUACUCCUCUCGCUCACGGAUGUCAGCCAUAGAGAUCGACAUUCCCGUGCUGACGCAGGGACAGUAAGCAGCAUACUGGAAGCUUCUAUCCAUGAACCUCCAUUAAAUUCACCACUGAUUACACUAAUAUAGUAUGAUAGAUGACAGAUAAUAAUAUGAGAGCUAUUUACAGCCAUCAGAGCGUCAGUCCAGGUCUGUGAAUCGCUGAUUAUAGAAAAUGAAACUCAGUCGAAAGAACCUCACGGUUACAAUGAAGGAUGUGAUUUUCUUAAUAAUGAAAAUCAUAAAAUCACCGGUGAAGACAAACACUGUAUUAGCUUAGUAUUGUAGAAAGGAAGGAAAAUAUAUAUAUUUACAGCCAAAAAUGCUGAAAGACACUGAAACCAACCAGCCUUUUUUGCUAUUUUACCAGGAGAGAAGGACCACUAAACAAUCGCCCUGAACUUGCUCAAGAGUCCAGUGGACCAACUUACUAGUUACAAGCCAAUAGAUAGUAGCAUCAGUUUGGUGGCUGAUUAUAAAUUGGUGGUUUUAGAUUUAAAAAGAGCCGUGGUGAUGGCUGCCAAAAGGCUAAUGUCAACAAAAAUAUUUUUUUCUGUUACAUUUAUUAGUGUUGAACUUCUAUGUUCAUACUGAAAUGCAGGGUUCCAGCAGAUCCUUAAAAAUUCUUAAAAGAUAUUCAUGUACAGUUAAAGCCUUAUUGGUAUUAAAAUGUCUUAAAUCCAUCUUUUAUAAGUGUUAAAAAUGCCAAGACGUGGGAAGCAGGAAUUUAUGAUUUUUUUGGCUUUUUUUUGACAUUGCUUUGCAAAAUCUCAAAAUCCUUGGUAACAUCUGUUGUUCUUUAUAAUGUACCGAAUGCCUCUCACACUCAUGUCACAUAAUCAGGACAGUAUAGCCAACAACACUAAAAUUCAGGGGACCCUAACAUUUUCAUGGACAAAAUUUUAAAUCUUUUCGAUGAUUUUUUUUUAUUGCCCUACUUUCCUGCAGUUGUGGUUUCAGAUAGCUGACAUACAUGGAGGGAGAGACAGAACACAGGGAGACAACGAAGAAACGUAUGUGAUGGUAAACAAACGUUACUCUUCAACACAUAUUAAAGCUGUGUUACAUCUACAGAUUUUUUUUUUUUUCAACUAAAUUUGUUAUCUGCGGUAGAUUACUGUAAUAAUUUCAUUACACACAACAUAAUUCCAUUAGUUUUCGUAAACUUUCAAUGACUUCAACUAAUUCCAUUACUUUUCCAGGCCUGGAAAAUGUGAUUUUGAAAUUCCACAUUUUCCAUUACCAGUUGAAACCUGCAAAUUUUUGUCCCGUUGGGAUGCUCAGGGCUGAUGAUCAAGUAUGUGCUAGCUUGCUGUUGCUGCAAAUUUAAAAAAAAAAAUUGCAAGUUUAACAAAAAUAUUGCUGCAUGGCUGAAACCAGUAGAUGGUCACUAAUGCAAAAGGUUUCCAAACUCAGCAUGAUGGGAAUCAAUGAACUGGAAUUCCAUAUGCAAAGCAAGAAACACAAAAUUG